CGCCGCCGCCGCCGCCCGGGCGCAGUCGCCAUGGAGGGGCUGCGGGGUACGCUGGCCCGGUGGCUGCCGGCGGGGCGGCCGCGCUGGCUGUGGGGGGCUGCGGCGCUGCUGGCGCUGGGCGCUCUCUUUGGGGGGGCCUGGGGAUGGUCCGGCCGGAGGGCUGCGCGGCGGCGGCGGCUGCAGCGGGUGGGCACGGUGUUGAGGCUCGUCGUGUACCCGGUGAAGUCGUGCCGGGGGGUGGCAGUGGGGCAGGCGCAGGUGACGCCGAUGGGGCUGCGGAGUGGCGACUUGCGGGACAGGUUUUGGCUUGUGAUCAAGGAAGACGGGCACAUGGUUACAGCUCGUCAGGAGCCGCGUCUUGUCCUCAUUACCGUCUACUGUGAAAAUGGACACUUAAUCUUGGAAGCCCCAGAUAUGAAGGAGCUGUACUUGCCCAUAAAGCUCCCCAAGAAAAAUCCCGUGAAGACCUGCAGGGUGUUUGGACAGGAUAUCCAAGGCAGAGACUGUGGAGAUGAAGUGGCUCAGUGGAUCACCAAUUUCCUGAAUUCAGAACCAUAUCGACUGGUGCAUUUUGAGCCCUCCAUGGUGCCAAGAAAGUCAAAGGAUAUCAUAAACCUUUUUCGAACCACUGAUGAGGUUGCCUAUCCUGACUGUAGCCCUAUCUUGAUGAUCUCAGAAGCUUCACUGGAAGAUUUAAAUACCAGACUGGAGAAGAAAGUUAAGAUGGAAAAUUUCAGACCAAAUAUUCUUGUGACAGAUUGCAGUCCUUUUGAGGAGGACACCUGGGAGGAUAUUCUAAUUGGUGAUGUGGAAUUGAAAGGGACAUUGUGCUGUUCCAGAUGUAUUUUAACAACUGUUAACCCAGACACUGGAAUCCUGGACAGGAAGGAGCCCCUGGAAACAUUGAAAAGUUACCGCUUAUGUGACCCGUCCCAGCGACAUAUCUACAAAUCCAGCCCUCUCUUUGGAAGAUACUUCGGUGUUGACAAAACUGGAACAAUCCGAGUUGGAGACCCCGUGUACAAGAUGAUCCAGUCAUGAGAGAGAUUUUGGUUGGAAGAUGACUUUUCAUUUUGAUAUUCAAAUUGUUUUCCCAUCAACACUGUCACCAGCAUAACUUUUUCUUAGCCUUUGUAGUAUUUUUUGUGUUAUGUUCCUUUUUAAGGUGCAGGGGAGGUCUGAGGCUAUGAAGUGCCAAUCAUUUCAGUUUUGUCAUCUCCUUAGCAUACCUGUAGCUACCAUGGCUUUAGUUUUUUCUGGAGGCUGUGAUAUAAUAAACUUUAAUCCAAGACAGACUUUACAGUACUGCUGUGAGUAUUACACCUCCUAAAAGUUUAGUUUAAAUUCAAUAUAAUAAUCCAAACUCAUGUACAAGGGCUUUGCAUUGUGCUUUGUGCAUUGUGCAUUAGAUACACUCAGUGCCUCUAAAGAACCCCAAGAAGUUGUGCCAAGUGUAUGAAGUGUGUUGAUCACAGAGCUGCCUUUACAGGUGAGUGCCCAUGACAAGACUGUUUUAGAUUCCACCAUUCUUUGGUCCUAAGCAUCUUACCCUAUUUGUGCCUGCAGGUACUUCCUUACAAUGUUUCUUACCCUGCAGUCAUUUCCUGGAGAUUGCUCCUCUUUUUUGAGAAAUAUCAGGAGAGGUUUUUGAGCUGGCUAAAUGGUUCUUUAAUUUAGAAGCUAACAAUCUGUAGAACUUAGGGGUGCAUUUAGUUUUACCUUUGCUUGACAAAAUAUGAGCAACUGUUUCUUUUCUUCUAUGAAGCAUAUCAUAACUUCUAGGCUGUAGAGUAAUGGUGCAUUUGCUAAUGCAUCAAUAGAACUUCCAGUUUGACUAAAAGAAUUAAGCAUUUGCUGAAUCAGAGAGUUGAUGCACAUUGGAAGGGAUGAAAAGCUGUUGGGAGUGAUCUGAUUCUGAGCCUGCCCUGUUCAGACUGAUGUCCAGGCAAAUAUUACUGGGAUUCCUUGUUCGUAUGUGAUUCUUCUCUGGCUUGGUGAGCCUCUUACUAUAGAGAGAUUGCUAAGCAAUCCCAAUUGCUCUCUAAGGUAUUGGGAAGGCUGCAGUUUUAGCCUGAGCAUGUUAAUAUACUUAUUGGUUACUUGUUUAGAUCUCUGGUUGCCCACCACACCCCUGUCCUAAACAAAAUGUCAGCCAUUUGUGUGACGAUUAUAUUUUCUGCUAUAUUUUAUACAGUAUAAGACGGGAGGAAAUUAGUUGGAUGAUAUCACUAAUGUCUUCAAAUGUUACAUUAUUUAUUUAAAAAAAGUGGACUUGAAGACAAAAGCCUUCCAUCUUUCAAAUGUUUGACUGCCUGUUGCUUUGUCAUGGAUUACUAGACCUUGUGUUAAAGAAGCCCAAAAGAGGAAUCUUAAUUAAGUCUGAAGAAGGACAAAUCAUAAUCCAGUUUGGUGUUCAGAUUCUUUGUUUUCUAUUAAUCUGAAGUUGGAAUGUUGUUGCAUGCUCAAAACUCAAACCUGUAAAAUGAAGAACUGUUGUGCUUUUGAGCAAAUCCAGAUAGAUGUAUGUGGAAAGCCUGAUGCAGGCAUUUGGGGAAGGAAGUUUUCUAUUUUUUGUGACUUCAGGAGUUGCUCUUAAUAUCUUUUCAUUAGCAGAGUGCUCUGCAAGUCUAAAGUUUUCAUGUGACAUACAAGUGCCCAGUGAGGACUGCACAUUGUGUGCUUGUCCAUUCUUCUGCCUGACACAGCAACUAGUGAGAGGAAGUGAGAGAAAAAGCAUCUUUUUAAAAAGAAAAUAAUUUUUAGGUUAAUUUUUAAAAAGUGUAUGUUGAAGAUCCUUACUAUUAGAAGCUGAAAGCUUAUGGAUUCCUAAUGGUAUUAAGCAAAGGCAGCCUGCUGACUUGCCAAAGCAAUUAGUUAAGUGUGUCUCUUCAUGAAGUCCGAAGAGAGCCAAUUCUUUUACCCCUAGCCCAGCAUAUUUUUUCAGCAUUGUUUUAGCAACACAUUAGGAUUUAUGUAGCAUAAAUUUUAUGGCAUAGAUCAUGUUGCUUAGUUGCUAGACUAUCAUAGGUUGGACUAAUGUGGAAAUGGGGUUGUUUUAUCCAGUGAGAAACUGCAUCUGUAUUCCCGCUAAGAAAAAAAAAAUAGCUCUAAAGCCCUGAUUUAUCCCUGUAAAAGCCCCAUAUUGAAUUUGGCUAAAAUCCUGAAAUAGGUGUACAUCUGAGUACAACACAUUUCAGAAAUGCCACUUAAGUCCGUUGUGUGAUGAAAGAGGGCCACUGUGUGAAGCAGAAAGAGUAGCUUACAAACAUUACAAUAUACAUAUCUUCAUGUGUGUGUUGGGCUGCUCUAACUGUAGGAAUUGUAUUUGAUUUUUCUAAAGAGAUUUAGGAAAAUGACUGACUGAAAACGUGACUAUCAUAAAACUUUUUAAAACUGUGUACUCAAAACUCAAAUUGUUUUAACUCUAAAGGAAUAAAAUAAAGGUAUUAACUUCUACUGAA